AUGGAUAAUAUAGAUAAUCUUGAAAGGGUAUUCUUUAGACUCCAGGAAUCAAAAUUAAAAGUGAAUGUAAAGAAAUGCACUUUCUUUACGACAAGUGUAAAAUAUUUAGGACGUAUCAUCUCCGCAGAGGGAUUAAAACCUCAGCCAAAUAAAAUAGAAGCAGUAAAUAAGAUGUCCACAUCUAGUAAAAAUAAUUACAGUAAAAGAAUUACAGUAAUUUUGGGGGUGACUAACUAUAGAAAAUUCAUAGAAAGUUAUGCUUGGAUGGCAGCUCCCUUAAAUAAACUUACAAAAGGUCACAAGAAUGAAAAAAUAAAAAAUAAAAAUAAAAAUACAUAG